CACUCCACUCUCAAUACACCUAUAUAUCUACCAAAAAAAACUCUUUCUGAAUAUCUCUCUCUCUCAGACACACAGUAUACACACACGCACACCACAUUCUCUCUGCACUCCGUCGUUCACCAAUGCCGCCUUCAACCACCGCCGUCCCCGCCGUAAGUAAUGAUGUGGACCCUACAGUCUGGAAAGCAAUCGCCGGCAACUCUGUCGAAAUCCCAACCGUCGGUACCAGGGUUUACUACUUCCCGCAAGGACACGCCGAACACGCCAACUGUGGGUCCCCUAUUUUCCUCUCCUCUCUUAUCCCUCCGUUUAUUCUCUGUCGCGUACUCUCCGUCCGUUUUCUCGCUGAUUCCGUUACCGACGAGGCUUAUGCUAAAAUUUUCCUGCUUCCGAUUAACCAGAGCGAGGAUAAUAACAACGUUGCUGUGAAUAUGAAUGGUGACGUGGAGGAUGCAGAAAACGAAGUCGUUUCAUUCGUUAAGAUUUUAACACCUUCGGAUGCGAACAAUGGGGGAGGUUUUUCUGUGCCACGGUUCUGCGCUGAUUCGAUAUUCCCUAGGCUCAAUUUCGUGGCUGAACCGCCGGUUCAGAAUUUGUCUAUUCGCGAUAUUCAUGGUUGUGUAUGGGAGUUUCGGCACAUUUAUCGUGGCACGCCUCGCCGGCAUUUGCUAACUACCGGCUGGAGCAAGUUCGUCAACAGUAAAAAGCUCGUCGCCGGUGAUUCCGCGGUUUUCGCACGGAAAACUAACACCGGAGAACUUUACGUCGGAGUCCGACGAGCCACACGAGGAAACGACAUUUGCGAGAGGUGGAAUUCUACUGUUUUGAGAAGUACUGAACAAACCAGUAGCGGCGGGGAAGUUCGUUGGAGGACUGGGCAGGGGCGUGUGGCGACGGAGGCGAUUGUGGAGGCAGCAGAAAUGGCAGCACGGGGAAUGGCGUUUGAGGUGUCGUGUUAUCCUCGGGCAGGCUGGGCAGAUUUUGUGGUGAGGGCAGAAGCGGUAGAGGCGUCGUCAACUGUGUUUUGGACCGUCGGUAUGAGGGUUAAGAUGGCUGUGGAGACGGAGGAUUCAUCUAGAACGGCUUGCUUUCAAGGGACUGUUUCAUCUGUCAAUUUGCCUCAAAGUGGCCCUUGGCGUGGUUCUCCAUGGCGAAUGCUUCAGGUAAGUUAUGAUUCUGUUGCUAUCUGUUGAUUUAUUUCUGGUUAUAUGUCUAUAAAUUAUAGUAUGAAUUGCGGACUAGUUAUAAUUAUUGUCAUUUGAGCAUGGAACUGUUUAUGGUACUGCAUUGGUGUUCUUUUCUGAUCAAAGCUGUUGUUAUCGUAUCUGACGUCAAGGGACGUUGUUAUCAUUUCACACAUAGUUGCUGCUUUCUGGGAAUGAACAGUUUAUUGUUCAGGUGAGCUUUUAAGUGGGUUAUAUUAGUUUUGGACGGAAAAGUGCAACGGUGUGGCAUACGUGGAGGAUUUUUAGUACGUCACAUGAUAAUCAGGUUUUGUUUGAGUAAACCAAACAUUUUUUGUGUUUGAAAAUGGUAACAGUGUGUUCAUCAGCAUUACAGUUCAAGUAAACAGAGUCUUGUUCAUCUUACAAGAACUACUUUGAGUAUACCAAACUUAAGGGCUCGUUUUUAGUGUUUUCUCUAUCCAUUUGCAACGACUUGAUACAAACUUUCUAAAGGAAGAGAUUCUAGUCCUUAAGCACUUACACAAUUAAAUUCUGUUGAGGAUGCAGCAAUUAAUUGCUACGAUUGUGUCUGAAUAGUCAUGUCAUUCAAUGCAAUUGAAAGUUUAUGCAGCUAGCAUAAUGGUG